UCAUCUUAAUAAAGACACCUUAUCAUGUAAUCUAACGAUGGAAUCCGUAAUAGAUAUCAAAGACUGGUUGUUGACCAAAUGCAAAGCAAACUCAACAACGUCCAAUAAAAACUCUAGAGAUUGCAGCAGCAACAUCGGUGGUGCCAUCACACCAGAAACAAUUCCAGAGUUUGUGAUUCCAAAAGCCAAUGGAGGCUCUAGAAGAGGAAGUUAUGACAUUGAUAACUUAGAUAGCGAGCACCUUUUUUCUGUCUCACGCAGAAGCAGUAUUUGUUCCAAUAAAACAAGUCCCGGAAUUUCUCCCAGCGCCUCGGCGGUCGUUUUGGAGACCCGAUAUGCCUCUUCAGCUCCUGGAUCUCCGAGACAUGAAAUAAAAGAUAUGGUUGCAAGACACAAAACCUCCAAGUCUAUGAACUGCAUUGGGGAUACCAAUUCCGAUCCAUUGUCAGUGGCGGCCAUGUCACUUCAUCACUUCCGUUCAAAAACAACAUUUGGAUUUAGCACUUUAUCACAAACUCCACACACUAGAAGAAAAGAGUCCUUGUUUCACAUCCAAGGAAACGGACUGUCAUCACAGGAUUCUCAGCGUCUUAGGUCACUUGAGGCUCUGUCGAUCAGAGGCCGCCCAGACAUGAUGGAUGACGUCAUCAGGUUUUCCGACCCAGAUAUUUCCACGAGGAAGCACACUCCUUCCGUCAUUGUUACCCCCUCUGCCUCGCAGAUGGGUUCUUCAGAGAUGUUAUCCCCAGAACGCCAGCCAAACCACCUCCUCGCGGCCUCGCGCUUGUUUAUAAAAAAUGGAAAUGUGGCCAACAGAAACUUGAAGAAAGGUAAUGUAUACUAUAGGCGCCGAUCCUCCUUAUUAGGUCUCGAUACAGACGAAUCAAAUACCUCUUCUCAAGAUUCUCUUGUCGAAGACAGUCAACCAAAAAAGUCAAGUAAAAGAAACGAAAAGGAUGUGAUUGCAUUAAAACGACACUCCUCUCCGCAACUACGGGAGUCAGGACUCAUCGAAGCAUGUGAGCCACAUAGGUCAAAGUCAUGCGCUGUAAUAAAUAGUUCCCCUUCAAAACAUGCAACCAAACAUGGAGAACUAAAGUUUGCCUUCCAGUACCUAGCCACAACUAAACAACUUAAGUUAACAUUGAUCAAAGCGGAAUGUCUUGGUGGUUCCGAUAAAACGGACUCAAAUUUGAACCCUUACGCAAAAGUUUAUCUUAUGCCUGGAAAACUUCAAAAACAGGUUUCUGAAUUGUUUAAACAUACACGCAAACCAAUUUUUGACCGAAGUUUCUUUUUUCAAGGAUUGUCAUUGAAACAGCUGCAUGCUAUGACACUGAGAAUUAAAAUCUUUCAUAAAUCCCAUAACUUACGACCGCCAGAGUUGGUCGGAAGAACCGACCUGGAGUUAGAAAACUACGACCUCAUAACAGAAAACCGGAUGUGGAAGGAUCUGGAUACUGUUUGUGAAAGCGAGGACCUGGGUGCCCUUGAAGUCAGUAUGCGGUUCGAACCAAGAGAUGGCUGUCUCGUUAUAGGAGUGCGUAGGGGGAUAGGACUGCCAGAACAUCAAAUCAAAGGUCCCCCAGACCCGUAUGUCAAAGUAGAAGUCAUCCAGCCAGGAAAAUCGGCCUUGAAAAGGGUUACCAAGACAAAAAAGAGCACCACAGACCCAGUGUUCAACGAAAGUUACAAUUUCCCGGUGUCUUUUAAAAUGGACGACAUCAGUUACACAUACGUAACUCUGACCGUCUACAGUCACGAACGAAUUAAGAGUGACGAGAUUAUCGGACAGGUCGGACUCGGGUUUGUGGCAACUCAAGACUCCGAAAUCAAACAUUGGCGAGAAAUGAUGCAGAACCCUGGCAAGGAGAUUUCUGAAAUCCAUAGUCUGUUGGAUUUAGAUGACGACCAGAAGCUAAAAUUAUAGCGCUUUUCAUACAAACAAUAUUUGUUCAAACUCGAUAUAAAGUGAAAAAGAAAUAUUACCACGAGGUCAACCUACCCCUCCCCCAUUGGAUUUUCAGUAAUUAUUUUACCUCCUUAGGCAAAAUGUGCCUCAAUGAGGGAAAAAAACCGAAGAAAAAUAAUUCUGUGAUAAACAAUGAGAUUCCUCCUUGCUUAUGGGAAAAAUGGACUGGAAAUGGAACCCCUCCGCGAAAUUCAUAGAUCCGCCCAUGACACAAAUAUUGCACAUCUUUCUUGCAUUUGCAUUUAAACGUAAUCCUGUGAUUUGGAGCAGUGAUAAAAUGGGGGAUUCAUAUUGAAUUCUCUUACAAGGUUAACAACAGGGUUAUUUAAGUUAUGCAAGGUGCUCGUCUGAUAACGUUUAAUACACAGACGACACAGUUUGUUUACUAGGACUGAACAAAUGGUUCCGAUAAAAGAUAUCAUUAAUAAUUUUUCCAUGUUUUACUUGUUUGUGAACUUUAACAUACACAUAUUUUUUUUAAAAAGUUAAAUAAAAGUACAACGCAGUUUGAAAUACUUUUAUCUCUAUAAUACACUGAGUUACCCAUCACGUGAC